AUGUUGGUGGUGAAGUUGGGGGGUCCCGUCUACAGGAUCGGCGUGGGGGGAGGGGCGGCCUCCUCCAUCCAGGUGCAGGGUGACAACGAGGCCGAGCGGGAUCUGGGGACGGGAUCUGGGGCCGUGCAGCGCGGGGACGCCGAGAUGGAGCAGAAGCUGAACCGGGUCCUGCGCGGCUGCAUUAAUGGGGACAUUGGGGACCCCGUCAGCUCCAUCCACGACCAGGGCGCCGGCGGCAACGGCAAUGUCCUCAAGGAGAUAUCGGAGCCGGCCGGGGCCGUCAUCUACGCCAGCCGCUUCCAGCUGGGUGACCCCACGCUGAGCAUCCUGGAGCUCUGGGGCGCCGAGUACCAGGAGUCCAACGCGCUGCUGGUGCGGCCGGAGGCGCUGGGCUGCUGCGGCGGCUGGCGGAGAGAGAGCGCUAGAGAGCGCUGUCCCCUCAGCGUGGUGGGGACAAUCACCGGGGAUGGACGGAUCGUGCUGGUCGAUGACCUGGCCUCGCCAGUGCCCGAGGGGGGGUCCCACGAGGGGCUCCCCACCCCCGUCAACCUGGAGCUGGAGUGGGUGCUGGGCAAGAUGCCCCAGAAGGAGUUCCACCUGUCGCGGGCGCCGCUGCCCCGGCGCCCCCUGAGCCUCCCCCCGGCGCUGUCGGUGCGGGCGGCGCUCGAGAGGGUCCUGAGGCUGCCGGCCGUGGCCAGCAAGAGGUACCUGACCAACAAGGUGGACCGCUCGGUGACGGGCCUGGUGGCGCAGCAGCAGUGCGUGGGUCCCCUGCACACGCCGCUGGCCGACGUGGCCGUGGUGGCCCUGUCGCCGUUUGGGGACAGCGGCGCCGCCACCGCCAUCGGCGAGCAGCCAAUCAAGGGGCUGCUGGACCCCGCGGCCGGGGCGCGGCUGGCGCUGGCCGAGGCCAUCACCAACCUGGCGUUCGCACGGGUGACGCACCUCAAGGACGUGAAGUGCUCGGGCAAUUGGAUGUGGGGCUCCAAGCUGGGCGCCGAGGGCGGGGCGCUGGUGGCCGCGUGUGACGCGCUGGUGGCGGCCAUGCGUCACCUGGGCGUGGCCAUCGACGGCGGCAAGGACUCGCUGAGCAUGGCGGCGCGCGUGGGCACCGACACCGUGAUGGCACCCGGUGCGCUGGUGAUCUCGGCCUACGCCGUGUGCCCCGACGUGACGGCCACCGUGACCCCUGACCUCAAGUGUCCCAACGACCGCGGGACCCUGCUGUGGGUGCAGCUGAACCCCGGGCGGCACCGGCUGGGCGGCUCCGCCCUGGCCCAGGUGUUCGCCCAGGUGGGCGACGAGAGCCCCGACCUGGACCGGCCCCAGACCCUGGAGAGCGCCUUCAACGUCACCCAGGAGCUGCUCAAAGAGCGCGUGGUGACGGCGGGCCACGACGUCAGCGACGGUGGCCUGCUGGGCUGCCUGCUGGAGAUGGCCUUCGCCGGCAACUGCGGCGUCACCGUCACCGCGCCCGCGCCGCCCGCCGGCGUCACACCGCUGGCGCUGCUCUUUGCCGAGGAGCCGGCCCUGCUGCUCGAGGUCCCGGCCGCGGCCGCCGUCCCCGUGUGCCGCCGCUACCAGGACGCCGGCGUCACCUGUGUCCCCAUCGGCCACAGCGGCCCCUACGGCCCCCCGCGCCAUGUGAGGGUGACCGUGGGUGGCCAGGAGGUGCUGGCCGAGCCCGUCGGGGACCUCAGGGGAGUUUGGGAGCAGACGAGUUUCCAGCUGGAGCGGCUGCAGGCCACGCCGGCCUGCGUGGAGCAGGAGCAGCAGGACCUGGCGACGCGCUGGGGACCCGAGUUCAGCGUCACCUUCGACCCCGACUACGUGGCACCGGUGGCGCGGAGCAUGGAGCUGCCGGGGCCGCGCGUGGCCGUGCUGAGGGAGGAGGGCAGCAACGGCGACCGCGAGAUGGCCGCAGCCUUCGCCAUGGCCGGCUUCCAGGUGUGGGAUGUGACCACCCAGGACCUUUGCUCAGGCUCGGCCUCCCUGGACGGGUUCCGGGGUCUCGCUUUCGUGGGCGGCUUCAGCUACGCCGACGUGCUGGGCUCGGCUAAAGGCUGGGCCGCCUCCAUCCUCUUCAACGCCCGCGUCCGCUCGGAGCUGGAGCGAUUCCGCACGCGGCCGGACACGUUCAGCCUGGGCGUGUGCAACGGCUGCCAGCUGAUGGCGCUGCUGGGCUGGGUGGGGACAGCCUGGGCGUGUGCAACGGCUGCCAGCUGA